ACCUCUAAAUUUCUUUAUCAUCAGUUUCUGUCUCAUCUUAGGUUGCAAGAUACAUAUAACUUUGCUGCAAAAACCCUCCCAAAACUAGAUCAAUCUCUACAAAUAUUCUGCCUGCUUCGUCUUGAUCGAUCUUGAUCAACAUUCACUACCAUUUGAGCUUUUGACCAGUUCAGCCCUCCCUCAGAACUCAUGGCGGUGCAUCACGCUUCUAUUGAUAUGGAAUUCCAUGACUGCACGAAAUGCGAGAAAUUAUGCAAGAAAUGCAUCUUCAAAGUCCCUAAGGUGCCGCGGAGACAAAACUCGGAAGCAUAUACACCUGACAUAGUCUCAAUUGGACCUUUUCAUCGUCGAGGGAAGGGAAGCAAGGGAGAAAAAGAAUGCGAGGAAUGCAAGAAUUGCAAGAAGUGCAAGGAAUGCAAGUUAUGUAAAAAAUGCAAGAAAGGCAAGGAAGGCAAUGAAGAAGAAUUUCAACUCAUGGAACGAGUGAAAGAGAGUUAUUUGAAUGAAGUGCUCAAGGGCAUGAUGAUGUCAACAGAAAUGUUGACGGCAAAGGUUAUUGAGCUUUCAGAUCGAAAGAAUGAAGGCACGAUUGGGUUUGAGCAACGUGCCCGCGGCUUCUAUGCCGAGCCACCACUUGAUAUUUCCUCCGAAGAAUUCAUCAAGAUGAUGAUAGUUGACGGUUGCUUCCUCAUUCAGCUAUUUCGGAAGUGUAAUGAUCCAACACUAAGGGAUAUUGAAGAUCCGGAUAUCACAUUGAAGAGAGCAAAAUCAAAGUGA